AUUAUACAAGAACCCCACCCAUCUUUUACCCUUUAUCUUUCUCUGCCUUUCCCUUUGGUUGCUCCUACCCAUAAACCUACACUAACAUCACCACAUUUUCUUCUCUUUCGUUACAGAAAAAGAACACAACUUUCUCCCAUUCCAUUCCAUUGCAUUCCCCUAAGCUUAACCAUACACUCUCUCACUCUUGAAUUAGCACCAUGUCAUGCACACUUUUCCUCUUCUGCAUCCUUUUCUUCUUCCCUUGCUACCUCUGCCACCCUGACUCAGCAGGAACAAACACCCUUAAUCCCAUUCUGCUAACCCCAUCAAAGCCUUCAACAACAAUCCCUGCAUUCCCCGAACAAUCUGAUGUUGCAGGGUGCCCUCUUACCCUCUCAGAUGAGCUCUUUGAUGGGAUCAAGAGUGCAUGUUCUGGUGCCAAAAGUGGUGGUGACAUGGAGCUCCACCGCAGCAGGUGCUGCCCGGUGCUUGCAGCAUGGUUGUAUUCUGCAUAUUCUUCUACUGCACUGGGCAUGGUAGGCCACAGGCAUAGCAGUGUUCAUGGCCACGCUACAUCAGUGUAUGACAUGAUGCCUUUGCUCCCAGAUGACUCAGAAACCUGUGUGAAUGAGCUCGGAAAGGCUUUGGAAGUGAGGGGAAUUGAACUCACCAAGCCUAAUGACACUUGUGAUGUGGUUUAUUGCUUUUGUGGGAUUAGGCUGCACCAUUUGACAUGCCCAGAUGCAUUUUCUGUUAGCCAAAGAGGGGAGCUUUUGGGGGAUGCAAGUGUGAGAAGGUUGGAGAAGAAUUGCUUGAGUAGUAGUGCAGAUGUCAAUGGCUUACCAGGUCUUGGAGGGUGCUCUAAGUGCUUAAAUACCCUCUAUUUGCUUAACAAGAAGACUUCAAAUUCAAGCAAAGCAGAAGAAGACAGGACCACCAAGAUCCACAACAAAGACUGUGAGCUUAUGGGCUUGACAUGGCUUCUGGCAAAAAAUAGAACAGCUUAUAUGCACACAGUUUCAGGGGUUCUCAGAGCUUUGAUGUUGAACACUGGUGGCUCUUACCCUCAAUCUUGCUCUCUGAACAGUGAUGGAAUGCCUCUUGCUGUGGACUCAUCUCAAAUCUCUGAUCACUCUUCAUCAACCAAUCUCCAACCACUCAUCUCUUUUUCUUUGUUUUUUUUACUUUGUUUGCUACUACUACCUAUGCAUUUCACAUCUUAGCUCUGACAUGAGCCAAAAAAGGAUCUCAAACAUGACAUCUUGUAGAUUUGGAUCUUUAUGUUGUAGCUUAGAAAUGCAGUUUUUUCUCUGUUAUUAGGGUGUGUAUCAAGUGAGAUAAGUGUUUAUGAGAGAGGACAAGAGAAAUUAAUUAACCAUGCAUGGAUGAUAAAAUCAUAAACUCAUGUGAGUUUGACUUUGUUCAUUGAUCAUAUGAUAACUAAACAACUUUUCAUCAUAAUCAUCAUCAUCAUCAUCAUCAUCCAUGUGUAGUUACUCUUUUGAACAAACACUCCUCUCACUUGAUAAGUAUCCCUUGAUUGAGGUGUUUGAUAUUUGCCUCUGUUUUGUUUUGUUUUGGUGGACCACCAUGAUAGGAAUUUGUGAAGUUGUUUUCAAGGGACAACAUUUGGAAGUAGUGUUCAGUUAUUAGGUUGGUAUUUUGCAUGAGACAGUUAAUGUUUCACGGGCAAUUUAUGGUUUCUGGAAAGUCAACUUCACCGGAA